AUGGAGUGCAAGUCCAGAGCUCUGCGCAAGCUGCUGGCGCAGCUAAGUGCGCAAGAGGAGAGCUUUAACCAUUUCGUCUCGGCGGAGGCUCUUCCCUUUGAGGCAGAGCUGAAGUCUUGCGCCUCGGAGCUGUCGGCGCAUGCGGCGGCGGGUGAGACGCUGGACUUCCGCCGAUGCCGGACCACUCUCGCCUCCUACCUGAAGGAGCUUCUGCGACGAGCCUUCGCCACGCCCGUGGACGUCAAGAAGCGAGCGCAGGCGCUGCUGCUCCUCAUCGACACCUCCGGGAGCCAUCCUGAGGCUGCCUACUUGGUAGCUGAGUCUGGGCUCUUUGUGAAGGCUAUGCGUAGCAACCUGGAGUGCGAAGAUCAGCCGCAGCAGGGGCUGCUGCUCCUCACAGUGUGCUUGGCAGCCUGUGUGGCGCACCAGGUACCCGAGUCUCAGAGUUUCCACAGUUUCCUGACGCCCCUUGUGGACCUGGCGUGCGACUACGGCUCCUUCAAGCCCUUCCGGCCCCUGCAGAUCCACGCCGUGGAGGCUCUGGUCCACCUCUGCUACAGCCGCGCCUCGCGGCAGCUGCUAAGCCGAGAGCUCUGCUCUCCGAAAGUGGAGUCUUUGCUCCGGGCCACCCGAUACAGGUUGCAAGACGGUGCACCGGUUCGGCAGCACACCUUCCUGGUCUGCUUGCUCUUAGCUAAUCUCUGCGAUCUGCCCAUGGCCGUGGAUCCCGGCAUGAGCCCUGCAAGCUUUGGCUACGUGGGCUUCGCUGCGCUUUGGACUCCGGAAGACUUCUUCGUCUCCUUGGCCACAGCUCUGGCGGCUGCAGCACGCGGCGAGCCUUGGCCGCCCGAGUCGGAGUUGAUCUGGCCUUGCUGGAAGCUCGUGCACACCGUCGAGCGGCUCUCGCGCCACGGCUACGCAGCGGAGCUGCGACUCUGCGCCACUCCUCUGAUGACCGUGGUGGCUCGGACAAGGAGCCAAAAGGCUCCGGAGCACUCGGUGCGCAUCGUCCGCCUUGGCUGCGAGGCUCUUCGUGCGAUUGCCUCUGCCUGCAACGACAGCGAGGCCUUGCGCCGUGAGGCGAGGUUCACCAUCCACUUCGUGGAAGCCUUGAAAGAGCACGCCGAAGAGAUGCCGGCCGCCGAAGACUUGCUGGGGUUCUUCUUGGAUCACCGAGACCCCCUCCCCUACCUCAUGCACGCGGACCUGGUCAGCGCUUAA